AGACCCUACCUAAUAUUCUAAUACCAUGUUUGUUUGUUUGUUUUUGAGAAUUUAAGUCUGGUUGCAAAAUGUCUUGGGAGAUCAAAUUAAUUCACGACAUCCUUAAAAUGGGACAAAUUGCUGCCGGUCUGGAGACCGAUCGAGACCAAGCUGGCAACCUGCAAUGGAAGAAGAAGCGACACCGCCGCAAGGGAGCGACGCCCAUUAGGACCAUAUCAAAGGCAUGCACGUACAGCGAUGAGGAUUCUUUCCGCGGCUUGCACGGCAUGUCCCUGUCGGCAUUUGGCACGCUGCUCAAGCAAUUGCGGAGCCGAAUGGAGCGGAAAAACCCCACACUCCUGCCGGCCGAGACGCGCCUCCAAAUGGCGCUGAGAUACCUCACCACGGGCGACUCUUUCAGCGCCCUGGCCGGCAUCUACCAGGUGCCCAAGGCGUCCAUGCGAUAUAUUGUGGAAGAAGUCAUCAAGGCCAUAGAAAAGGAGCUAAAGAAAACUUACCUGCAGGCGCCACAAACGGAGGAGGAGUGGCUGGACAUAGCCAAGGAAUUUGAGCGGCUCUGGCACUUUCCCCACUGCCUGGGAUCGCUCGAUGGUCAUCACAUUGCUUUCCGCUCGAAGACGGCCACCACAGAUGCCAGCUACACCAAUUACAGGCAGUUCCAAAGUGUCAUUAUGCUGGCGCUGGUCGACGCACAGCACAGAUUCCUGUACGUCGAUGCGAGCAGUCCAGGCGGAGCGGCGGACGCCUUCACCGAGAGUUCACUGUACAAUGGCUUGGAGAGCAACCUGCUGAAUAUACCGCAUGAGAAGCGGCUGCCAGGCAUGGAUGAGGAGCUGCCUCACGUGGUUCUGGCCGACAAGAGAUUCGCGCUGCAGCCCUGGCUGAUGAAGCAGCACGAGAUUCCCUCGACCAUUGAGCAGAAGAUCUUCAACUACCGCCUGAAACGUGCCCAUCGCGUGGUUGUCAAUGCUCGGGGCAUCAUGUCCAGUCGCUUCCGAGCCUUGCAAACCGAAAUCAAGCUGCAGGCGUCCAUUGUGGAGAAGCUAGUGAUGGCCACGUGUAUUCUGCACAACUUGCUGGUCCGCGAGGAGCCGCAGGAGUAUCUCAGGGGACUGGAGAAGGAGGACACUGACUACGUGUCCCUGAUUCCGGGCGAGUGGCGCACGAAUACCAUUUUCAUGGAGCUGGCCCAGCCUCCCAUACAGUUUGAUGGCAGCGAGAACGUAGCCAUCUCCAUCCGGGAUGGAUUCACGACGUAUCUGAACGCGUCGGGAGCCGUACCCUGGCAAAUGGAGGCUGUGAAGUGAAUUCCAAGUGGAUUCAAUAUAUGAAUAUAUAAAUUUCAAAAUAUACCGUAAAUAUACCAAACUCUGUUUAAACAGGCAGAAAAUAUCGCCAAGUAAACUAUCGCCCAGUGAAAUAUCGCCAUCAAAAUGCAGCCCUGUCCUGCAACCAGCGAAUGGCCGCUCUCUCCACUCUCAAGAGAACGAGCGAGUAGAAAAAAAUUUAUUGAACGGGGCAGAAAACGCAAAAAAAACCUCCAACGUCGCAAGUGAAAAAAGCCGUGAAAGUCCAACGUCCCCAUAGAAA